AUAGAGCAUUGCUAAGCGACAAAAAUGCAUGGGGUCUGUCCGGUGAAGGAGUAGAGGAGGCGCGAGCACUGAUGUGACAGCCAGAUGGAUCGCAGAUGAGGCAGAUCCCUCUUCCACAGACUACAGGAGGCCUGGAGAGGACCAAAGGCGAGAGUAACACAGCCUGUCAGUUUUCUCCAUCCAAGACUGUCCCUUUGAGGAUGGUCCUCAGGGUCAAAGCGACUACUGGCUAUCCUGCAGCCCUAAGCUCCCAGAGCUCCAGGCUCCCACAAGCUCCCAAGGUGUCAGCCAACUCCCCUGAGCUGUUUGAAGAGUUCUGGCCUUCCAGUUCAGGGACCUCAUCCCCACCCAGCACCACUGAGGGACAGAUGGACUCCUCCUCACCGCCCACCCUAACUGACAGCGGGGAGUCUGUGGUGGCCAAGUAUAUAAACAGGUUCCGCCAAGCUCAGCCCACAAGCCGAGAGGAACGACAGUGUACAGACCCUACCCCAACUGAUUUUUGGUGGCUACAGACUGAGUCUUCAGACCCAAGCAGUCAACUUGCAGCAGGACCCAGUAAACCAGAAGGAAGGCGCAGUCCAGCAGUCCCAGCUCCACCCAAGGUUGCCAGCACAUCCCAGGCUGUGGCUCCCCUUCAGAAAAUAAAGCAGAGCCUCAACACAUGGAACUCAUCCCUGCUGGACCUGGAGACACUGAGCCUACAAAGCAGAGCUUCCAGGCUGCUCAAACGCAGCAAGGCCUCCAUCUCCUCCUCAUCCCUCAGCCCCAGCGAUGCCAGCUACUCCUCCUUUCCUGUCAGCUCCAGUGGCCUCUCUCCCUUCUCCAUAACCUUCGCUCCUGAAUCCAUCAAGGACUCUGGCCUCAGAACAGCUGCAGCCCCAGCGCCAGCCCAGGCCCCCAUUCCUGCUCCAGCCCCAGCCUCCUCCCAGGCACCCCUUCGGCCAGAGGAUGACAUUUUGUACCAGUGGCGGCAGCGGCGGAAGCUCGAACAGGCUCAAGGGGUCAAGGGUCACGGAACCUGGGUGCUGCCCCAGACUCCUGCCCUUGCCACUCAGCCUUCUGCCCCUGCGGUGACCCUUGGUUCCCUGGCGACCCAGCCUACCUGGGUUCCACUGUGGGGCAGUGUGGCCCAGCCAAGUCCUCCCGAGGCCUUCUAUGUGGAGAGGCCUCCUGUUCCCCUAGAGUCCUCUCCUCACAUCUUUUGGGCCCCCAACACCCAUGGGUUCUUUUGGACCCCACAGUCUAGUCCCUGGGUAUCUCUCGGGACCGCUCCUCCCCCCCCACUGGCCUCCACCCCAGUUCCCCUGGCUCCCCCGGGACCCCCAGCCUCCACCUCAGCUCCCCCGGUCUCCAGCCAGACUUCCCUGGCCUCCAUCCCAGCUCCCCUGGCCUCCUCCAACUCGACUCCCCCCACCACCGCUCCCACAUCCUCUACCACGCUCCAGAGCCCGCCUACCCCCGAGCCAAGCAGCUCUAGUCAGCCGGAGAACGUAGGCCCCAAGCCUCGGAAGGCCAGAGCUUCGGGCUGGGAGGCAGCCGGGCAAGUCACAGCGGCCUUCGAGGGGCCAGGCGCGCAGCUUAGGGGCGCCCUGGGCCAGGUGGUGACCGCGCGGCUGUUCUCGGAUAGCCUGGAGGACACGCCCCCUCGCCGUGAGGCCCCUCCCCUGGAAGUCAAGGCCACGCCCUCCAGGGCUAGGGCCACGCCCCCUCGGUCCGAAUCCAGUUGUCCGUCUAAGGUCAAGACCAUGCCCUCGCCAGACGAAUCCGUGCUUCGGCAAGGCAAAGUCACUCCCUCAGCCAAAGCCGGGUCCCCAAAGCCUAAGGUCCUACCCUCUCCAGCUGAGAGGGUGUCCACACUCCCUGAGGCCCCAUCGCCUCUGCUGGAGUCUGGAUCUCUUGUGGCUGCUGCCCCGCCCUUGUCCGCGAUUCACCAUGACCCCUCUGAGGACCUGUUCUCCCAAGCCGCCCGACUUCUGGAGGCUGCGGAAGACUCUGACGGCAGCGAGUUUCAGGAUGACCCUGUACUGCAGGUGCUUAGAGCCCAGAGGGCAGAGCUGCGACUGCAGAAGAGGAAAGUGGAUUCGAGAUUAUCUCUCCUGAUGGGCCACACUGAAGACCUGAGAUCUUGGUCCCCUCCAUCCAAGUCACCUCCCAGGUCUCCAAGGAGGUGGCUGUGGAGAGAAGGAACGUCUUUUGAGGCCAGAUGACUUUGAACUGAAUAAAUUGUUUUCCCCAAUGAAAUAUUUUUUUCCAAGUAGAGUCAAUGUCAUGUCCCUUUGAAACUGUGCCCCCUCAACAAAUAGAAUACAGAGGAAAGGAUGCAGCUUAACUUCCAAAGUUCAAUUUUAAAAGAUGAUACUGACUACCUAGUUUACUUUUUCUUCCUCAUUCUCUUACUCUUUGACACUUGCUUUAGAGACUGGUUUUUAAAACUUGCCAUGCUAAGGAUGGAUUACACAAGUGUAUGCACUUACUAAUCUCACUGAAAUUUGUGAAUUUCAUUGUAUAUACAACUAACCUCAGAAGAAAAAUAUAUUUGAGCUAUAGCUAAAGGUAUCUAUGCUAAAAUAUUUAGGGAAUAGUGUACCACUCUGCAAUUUGGACUGAAAUACAAAGACUAGUUGGACAAUCUUUGUAAGCAGAUAGAUGUGAGAUAAGGCAAAUAUAGUAAAAUGUUUAUAAUAGGAUCUAACUAUGGACAUAUGGAUGUACGCUGUAAAAUUUUUCAACUUACUAUAUGUUAAAAACUUUUCAUAAUAAAAUGAUGGAUA